AUGGCUUUCAGCUUCAACUUUGGCGGCGACGACAUCGACCAAUCCGUCGACCAAGACAUUCCCAUUGAGGAUGCGUCAACCUCAGAAGACCCCACCUCACAAAUCCCAGCUCCAGUACCUGUCCUCCAACACGACCUGCGCCAAAUAUAUGAGACUCUACCGGAUAGAUUAUGCUACAGCACCGCUAUGAUCACCUCUCCAACCGGCAAAAAACUCAUCUUGCCACGUCGCGAAUUGUUUGAUAUACGUGUGCAACUCAUGUCUGAAGCAUCAGCCGACAACGACAACGAUACAACAUUAUCGCAACUCCAAGCUACGGAUUUGGCUCCUAAUGUCUAUGAAGGUGGAUUCAAGACUUGGGAGUGUAGUGUUGAUUUAUCUUCCUUGUUGUUGGAUCGUGGUCCGCGCAAAGAUAUCGAUGAAUUGGUGAGGUGUGAUGGGGUUGUGGAACUGGGUGCCGGGUCUGCGUUGCCUACUUUGACGCUGUUUCAACAUUGUUUGAAAAACGGUAUUCCGCAGACUUUCACACUCACGGAUUAUAAUGCUAGUGUGUUAAGAUUGGUCACGUUGCCGAAUUUGCUCUUGACUUGGGCGGCUACUACGUCUCCGCCUUUGAUCGAUUUAUCCACCGACCCUUCUGGAGACCUCGAAAAUAUCCCUGCGCUGUUGCCGCAGUUUUUGGCUGGACUUGCUGCGUCGAGAAUUCAAUUGAGUUUUAUCUCUGGUCCUUGGGGUGAAACUCUUGCUUCGUUGAUUCCAGAGUCUGCUCCUGAUAUGGGCAGUUUGAUUCUGGCUAGCGAAACUAUCUAUAGUCCGGCGUCAACAACGGCAUUUGUGGAUUUGUUGAUUCGUCUGCUAAGUCGCACCAAGAUGGCAAAGGCGGUUGUUGCGGCAAAGAGAUUCUACUUUGGCGUAGGAGGCAGUGUGGACCAUCUCAAGGAAGUGUGCGCGGAAAAGGGCGCAGUCGCAUACGAAGUGGAAAAUGCCGGUGUUCCCGGCAUGGACUCUGGAGUUGGAAGAGCGCUUGUCGAGGUGCAGAUGUAUUGA